GAGGCUGCUGCGCAUGUGCUGAGCCACUUCCAAGCAGGAGCAAGCUGGCAUCGAUUCCGCGACAAACGGCGAGACGCCGCGGCGGGCAAGUGGGGGCAUAAGACGCGGAACUGAUAGACGGCCCUUGGACGAUUAAGCCACGACCACAGGCUCCAGGAUGGAGCACCCCGACCUCUCUGACUUCAGGUGCUUUGAGUUCAUCACACGCACCCGUGCACAACUGCACUGAACAACACGGGGGUGUCGCAGCAUCUGCUUUUCUCCUCUCCCUGUUGUGCAGCCUCUCGGUCGAGUCCGCGAAGGUCAUUGAUGUGCUGACCAAGCUCAUCAACAACCAGAAGCUCCUGAGCGAACAGAAUGCAGACCUGGAGUCCCGACUCAAGGAGCUCGCCAGCAAGUCGGACGAGGCGGCCGAGAAGCUCCGGGGCUUAGAGGAGGAGAACGGCAGGAAGACCGCCCAGAUCGAUGAGCUGCAGGGUAAGGUGAGGGCUCUGGAGGACCUGGACCCCAGUGCAGUGGUGGAGAAGCUCAAGGGCCACGAUGAGUCGCUCAAGGCGGCUUUGGAGAAGGUCGAUGGGUUCGACGUGCAGCUCAAGGAGCGGUCCAGGGAGUUUGCCGAGCAGUGCGGAGAGGUGCGCAAGGCGCUGGACAAGACGCGGGAGGUGGCGGGCAAGAUGGACUCGGUCGAGAGGAAGUUCAAUGACAUGGCGACAAGGAUGAAGGACACCGCAGACAAGGCCGACAAAGCUCUGCAGAAGGUAGGAAGACAGGCGAAAGACACUCGAUCGGAAGCAGAAAAUGCUCAUUUCGACUCUCUCUCUCUCUGUGUGUGUGUUCGUGUGUGUCUCUGUCCAGGUGGUUGAUGUCUCUGACGCGCAAGCGGCGCUUCAGACCGAUGUUGACAUGAAGUAUGAGCGACUGUGGACCGAGGUGCUCAAGACGCUUGAAAAUCUCAACAUCACAGAGGUCAAGAAUCUUAAGGACACCAUCCAGAAGCAGAACGCCGAGGCGGAGCGCCGCAUGCAGAACAUGGUCAGCUACUGCCUGGGAGUGCUCGCUAAGGCCUCCACGGACCGAUCCAACGUCCAGUUCAAGCGCAAGAUGCUCCACGGAUGGAGAGAGGCCACCUGGCUGGCCUCCAGGAGGCGCAUGGGCAUCGCACUGCUGCACCGGCUGUUCAACCGCCGGAAAAGGGACGUGUUGGCGCGGUGGCGGACGGAACAUCGGCUGGGUGCGCACGCUGAUGGGCUGGACAAGUCUUAUGCUGAGAAGCUGAUGAAGACGCAGAAGACCAUUGCGGACAAUAUCGAUCCGCAGAUGCAGGACAUUAAGGUCAGUCACGGGGAGAGAGAUGGGAUGGCGUGUCUCGUACUGUCGUCGAUCGCAUGUGUGUUCGUCCGUCAGGAUCGUUUGGACGGUUUGGACAAGAGCAAGGUUUCACUCGAGCGCAUGAACACAUCUCUGGAAGGCACAACAAACAAACAAAGAAACCAUUCGACCGAUGCGCCCACAUUCACGCACGAUCUCCUGUCUGUCUGUCUGUCUGUCUGUCUGUUUGCUUACCGUGUGUCUCAGAGCGCGAGAGAAAUUGGGACCAGAAGCUCGCCACGCUGCAGGCAAGGCUCCGUCACUCCCCUCGCUCACUUUCACUCUGUGGCUGUCUGUGUGUGUGUGUUGGUUCAGGAUGUCAAGAACGAGACGGAUGAGAUCCGCGAGUUGCUGCAGGAGGUGACUGCGUCCUCCGGCAAGACGGCCGAGGCAAAGGAGGGACUCAUGGGUCGACUCAUCGCCGCAGAACAGGCUCUCGCUGACAUGAAGGAGUCAAUACCGGAAUUCGCUAAGGAGAGUAAGCAGCCGACAAGCAACCGAGGAAAGAAUGCGUGUUUGUCGCCAAUGAUUGUUUGUCAGGUGAGAUAAAGGAUUUGAUGAAGGACAUGCUGCUGAUAUGGAACUCUCUCAAGCAGCUCGAUGUCGCCAAGGCGGACAAGAAGGAGCUCGACUCGUACGCCGUGGAGGCCGGUGACCGAGAUAAGGUGAGACGAAACGGUCCGGCCAUUAAAAUUAUUGAUCACUCCGACUGACGUGUUCGCCGCUUGUGUAUCCACUGAUCCAUUCACUCAGGAGACUCAAGGCCGCCUGGAUGGCUUGGAGGGCAACAUCGCGGCUGCGCAGGUAGACGGAAAAGACACACGUACACACGCGAUCGAUCCUGUCUUGGUGGCGCUAUCAGGCCGAGAGUCAGUCUCAGCUAAGCGGUGUGGGGACGAGGCUGCGCGACGUGGAGGGGGCGGCACAGAACACCGACAACAGACUCAGGACACUCAACCACAUGCUCAGGUCAGAAACAGAGAGAGACAUUGGCCCUUUUGCAUGCUGUGUGUUGCGUCUCUGUGUGUGUGUGUGCAGCUCGCUUCUGCACUUCGUUGAGGAGAUUCUUUGGCGCUUCAGCAACCAGAGAAUCGGGGAGGGAGGCGAGAUACCCGUAAGCAGCCCUCCACCACACAUCACCCAUACACAGUCAGAGCUUCUACAACGGUGUGUGGGGUUGUCUUUGUCCCGCCCAGCCUCCCCCGAAAGUUGUGCGUACGGGAGGUGGCUUCCGUGAGUACCCCCGUCAGCCCCCGCCCCCUCCCACCCCGCCGCCCGUCCCAUUCACCCCCCCGCCCUCACUCGCCACGCGGCCCGUCCUCUCACAACCAACGGGAUUCUCAGAAGACACGUACACUCACAGAGACAAACAGACAGACAGACGUGACAGCAAGACCAUCCCUCCUGUGUGUUCAGUCACUUUCCGUCGGCCCCUCAGUGGCCAAGCACCAGCAGCCCCCGCACGUUCGACCCAUCGCAGGACCCCGCAUCGCAGACACUCAACCAGUGGAUACAGGACGCCCGAGACGUGCUCGACAUGGCCGCCACACCCACGCCCGACCCGUCCAGGGGCAGUCCUUCACCCGGACGCAUCGGCACAACAGCAAGGGCACCGGCUGGUAUGGAUGGAUGGAUGCACUAGUAGCAGCGCUAUCUCAAUCUGCUCAUCUCUCUGUCUGCGCAUUUGUUGCAGGCUCCCACACGACGCCCAGGAUCAGGUCGUGGGCCCCGGGAGGCAGCGUGCUCGGGUCGCCAGCCACUGUCGGCGGCACCACGACCCCUGCACGGCCCUUCCACCCGCCGGGCAACACGCGGCCACUGACCAGACCCACAUCAGCCAGAGCGGGGGGAGGCUUCGUGGCCAAUGGCGGUACUGGCGAGCGCCAGUUGCCGCCCCACCACAACCUGCGGAGUCUCCGGCGUGCUGACGAGAGCCGCCAGCAGCAGGGGGGCGGUGAGGAAGGAAAUGGGAAGGAGAGGGAGAGGGAGGGGGCUGCGGGCGUGGCGGUCGUCGGACAGCGCGUGGGCAAGGCUGUGUCAAGGGUGAGUGAGGCACAUCCAUCCGUUCACUCGACCCCUGUAUAUAUGCUUUUGUGUGUGAACAGUCCAUCCCGGCGGGUCAGUGGAGCCGGACAGUGAACGUGCCAGUGCCCCAGCCCACGCCAGUCGAGGACCCUGCCACCAGCUCAACAGCACCAGCAGCAGCCUCGCGAAACGCUACACCUGGUUAAGGCGAGAGACAGGCGCAACGGCCAAAACGUAUCGCACACAUAUGUAUUGGUGUGGCUUCGGGUCUGUCAGGGCCGCGGCGUCGCAGCAGGACUGAAGGGGCGAAUGGGGACAUAGCAGAGUGACGCGCACUCCGCCGCCGGAAACGAGACGAGACAUAGGUAUGGAGGCGCAGAGGCUUUGUUUGGCAGACAGGCAAAGGUCUGAGCUAAUGCAUGGAUGGAUGGAUGGACCGCAUGAGUCUCAUGGAUGGAUGGAUGCGUGGCGUGAGCUGUAUGUGCGC